UGCGGGAUGUAUUAUUCCCAACUGUAGGAGGUGAAGUUCUCUUAUCUGUUUGGACGAAGCUCCCCAGGUGUACGGAAGCAACAGAGGCCGAAAUUCCAGCUUGUGCUGAAGGAGUAUGGGUCGCCAAGAUUUGGAUUAAUAUGCCGGUGAUUAUUGAAGGAGACUGUGCGAUUAUCUUUUCUAGCUUAUCAAGGCCUUUGAGAGAUGCUUCCAGGUUUGGUAUGCUGCUGCAGGAGGUGAAGGAAAUGGCUAUGUCUUUCCCGGGGGUUCGUUUUAGCUUAGUGAAGAGGGAGAGGAACCGGGUUGCACAUGAAUUAGCUCAAUUAGUCAAAAUUUAUUCGGAUGAGGGGUUGUUACGCCUAGAUGUGCCCCCUCGGAUUGCUUCCUUUCUUAAUACUGAUUCUAAUUCUGAGAUCUUUUAUCAAUAAUAUCUCCCUUUUCAUCGCAAAAAAAAGAGAUGUCAAAUAACAAAUUGACAACCAGAAUUGGUCAUUGUGUACAUGUCAGAGACUCAGAUUGGUCAAUUAUUGAGAUAUCGGAAUCUUGCUCGCGGAACAAAGGCCGUCUUUUUAGUUAACUGACGCAUCGAGGAGAACAGCAAUCUCCCGAUCUGCCGCUAACGGAAAUGCAGAACCGGUUGAAUUACUCACUUUGCUUUGUCCUAGUUUGCUUCUUGGGCCUUUUUCAAUUACGGGUUUCAGCACGAGGCCAGUUGUUUCAAAUUAGGAACCCCAGAUUUUCCUCUGAGAAACAUUUUCUGGGAAGUUCUCGGGAUUGUAAAGCGAACCCUAACGAUGGAGAAAUUGAAAGCCUUGGUCGAUUCGCUGUGCUGGAGCACAACAAAAUAGAGAAUGCUCUUCUUGAGUUUGGAAGAGUCAUUGAUGCCAAAGAGCAGGUUGUGUCUGGAAAAAUGUAUCAUCUUACUCUAGAGGCGAUUGAUGGUGGUCGGAAGAGGAUGUAUGAAGCUCAGGUUUGGGUGAAGCCAUGGCUGAAGAACUUCAAACAAUUGCAGGAUUUCAAGUGUUCCUAUGAGGUCCCUUCGCCGGGUUUUGCCAUCAAACUAGACGGGUUUGUACUAGGGUGGCAUAAAUUGCCAACACAUGAUCCAGUGGUCAAUCAAGCCGCAAGCUAUGCUGUGCAGGCCAUCACACAAAGAUCUAACUCUUUGGUUCCAUAUGAACUUGUAGACAUCCUUUUGGCCAAGAAGAAGGAAAUUGAGAAUUACGUGAAGUUCGAUCUGAUCUUGAGUGUCAGGAAUGGGGUCAAGAAAGAGAAGUUCAGGGUCAUGGUGAGCAAGAACAUUGAGGGAAAGUUUUACUUUGAUUGUAUGGAGCAAGACCACUCCUGAAUAUAUAUACUUUCCCCCUAUAGGUAUAUAUUGAAUAAUGGUUUGCUAGUUUUCUGUCAUCUUGUACUAUGUGUGUUACACACUUACACUAGUACCUAUAUACUAGUAUCAUUUUGUAUGCACUAACUAUGCAACAGUCAUGUUGUACAUAUUGAUCUGUGUGUGUAUGAUUUUUUAUUAAAACAACGUACACGUUGUAAAUGUGGGAAAUUAAUGAGAUAUAUGAAUAUAUCAAGCC